CUUGAGCUCGGGCUAUUGCCCCUGCAGCCCAGUGCAUGGGCUCCCUCUAUUCUGGGGUUCCUCUUCCCUGGCGGCCUCCUCCCCAGCCUUUGCACACUGUCUCCCAGUCUCAGGCCUGGACAGGGAGGAAACAUCUGUCGCGCCCCCUGGCAGCAGGAAUGGGGUCAUGACCUCCAGAUGUGCUGGGAAGAGUCCAGGGCCUCCUCUUGGGGCAGCCAGGCCUUCCGGAUCUGUGGGGGCGGGGCUGCCCCUUCCCCCUCAGUGACAUAGGCUGCAAAGAAUGUCCCGGCCUCAAUGGACCCUGUGUGAAGUUGUGGAAUGGGGGGCAGAGCCUAGGAACACCCCCUUAAGGCAGGGCCAGGGCCCAAAGCAGCCCAAGGUCUGGGCAGCACACAUUCGAAGGGCUCACUCACGCAUAUACAGAGUUUAGCCCAUGUGGAUUGGGAUCCCAUACAGACUCCCUCUUGCCCUCUCUCACCACACCCCACCUGGGACCCAAGUCUGCAUGAGCAUGCCUAGAACAUGGAACAGGGAGCCUGUGUCUGCCGUGCACAUAGAUGGCUAGCUUCAGUCUCCCAGUAGCCCUGGGAGGGGACUGGAAUAAUUAGCCCCUUUUUAGAGAUAAGAAAACAGAGGCUCAAGGUCAACAUCUGAGCUUGUCCAAGGAGAAACCAACAUAGGAGGCCUGUGAGCUUUGGAGACAUGUCCUUGUUUGGCUCCAGAGGCGCAGCGGAGGUCUGUGUAGAGCCCCUCCUCCUACACUAUGUGCCAAGACCCACCAGUAGCUGCCUGCACCCCCGGGCAGGAACCACUGCCACAACCUCAGCCUGCCGGCUGGUCACCAAACACCCAUAUCUGCUAAUGCGGCCCAGCCCCCAGAGAGCCAGCCCCACAGAGCAUGCCCAUGUGGACUGGUGGUGUGGGGAGCCCACGGCAGGGCACGGCCCCUGCACCCACUGAUGACCUCUUUGCCCGAAAGCUGCGCCAGCCAGCCCGGCCCCCACUGACACCACACACCUUUGAGCCAAGGCCAGCCUGGAGCCCACUCCUACGCAGUGGCAGCGAUGCAGGCGAGGCCCGGCCACCCACCCCAGCCAGUCCCCGAGCCCGGGCACACAGCCAUGAGGAUGCCAGCCGUCCUGCUGCAGUCCCCACCCGGCUUUUCACUGACCCACUGGCUUUGCUGGGGCUACCUGCAGAGGAGCCAGAGCCUACCUACCCACCAGUGCUGGAGCCUCGGUGGUUUGCUCACUAUGACGUGCAGAGCCUGCUCUUUGAUUGGGCUCCACAACCACAGGGGACCCGGGGCCACAUGGAGGCCAGCUCUGCAACUCCAGCCUCAGCUGAGGACCAGUCUGCCAUCUCAGAUCUGCUGCUUGGGGCACCUGGCUUUGUGAGUGAGCUUGGGGGUGAGGGUGAACUAGGUCUGGGUGGACCAAUGUCCCCACCUGUGCCCCCUGCACUUCCCAACGCGGCUGUGUCCAUCCUGGAAGAGCCACAGAACCGGACCACAGCCUACAGCCUGGAGCAUGCAGACCUGGGUGCUGGCUACUACCGCAAGUACUUCUAUGGCAAAGAACAUCAGAACUUCUUUGGGGUAGAUGAGGAGCUGGGCCCAGUGGCAGUGAGCCUGCGCCGGGAGGAGAAGGAGGGCAGCGGAGGGAGCACCUUGCACAGCUAUCGUGUCAUUGUGCGGACCACACAGCUCCGGACCCUCCGAGGCACCAUCUCAGAGGAUGCGCUGCCACCAGGGCCCCCACGUGGCCUGUCUCCAAGGAAGCUUCUGGAACACGUGGCGCCAAGGCUGAGCCCAUCAUGCCUGCGUCUGGGCUCAGCGUCCCCCAAGGUGCCACGCACACUGCUUACGCUGGAUGAACAAGUGCUGAGCUUCCAGCGCAAAGUGGGCAUCCUGUACUGUCGCACCGGCCAGGGCUCGGAGGAGGAGAUGUACAACAACCAGGAGGCAGGAAUGGCCUUCACACAGUUCCUCACCUUGCUGGGUGACGUGGUUCGGCUCAAAGGCUUUGACAGCUACCGGGCCCAGCUGGACACCAAAACGGAUUCCACAGGCACACACUCCCUCUACACCAUGUACCAGGACCACGAGAUCAUGUUCCACGUCUCCACGAUGCUGCCUUACACCCCUAAUAACCAGCAGCAGCUCCUGAGGAAGCGCCACAUCGGCAAUGACAUUGUGACCAUCGUGUUCCAGGAGCCUGGCAGCAAGCCCUUCUGCCCCACCACCAUCCGCUCGCACUUCCAGCAUGUAUUCAUAGUGGUGCGGGCGCAUGCGCCCUGCACCCCACACGCCUCAUACAGGGUGGCUGUGAGCCGCACCCAGGACACUCCGGCUUUCGGGCCAGCUCUGCCCCCUGGCGGAGGCCCCUUCUCAGCCAAUGCCGACUUUCGGGCUUUCCUGCUGGCCAAGGCGCUCAAUGGUGAGCAGGCAGCGGGGCACGCGCGCCAGUUCCACGCCAUGGCCACGCGCACGCGCCAGCAGUACCUACAGGACCUGGCCACCAACGAGGUGACCACCACGUCGCUGGACUCGGCCUCACGCUUUGGGCUGCCUUCCCUGGGGGGCAGGCGCCGGGCGACCCCUCGGAGCCCGGGCUGUGAGCUGCAGGCGGCGGGUGCGCUAACCUGGGGUGUGCGCGCGGCGCCAGGGGCGCGGGUCGCAGUGGGAGCCGAAGUGGGAAGCCCGGAUAGUGCCGAGCUGCCCUGUCUGCUGGGCAUCUCCGCGGAGGCGCUGGUGCUGGUGGCGCCGCGCGAUGGCCGCGUCGUCUUCAACUGCGCCUGUCGCGACGUGCUGGCUUGGACCUUCUCGGAGCAUCAGCUCGACCUGUACCACAGUCGCGGGGAGGCGAUCACACUGCGGUUCGAUGGGGCCCCUGGCCAAGCGGUGGGCGAGGUGGUCACACGCCUGCAGUUGGUGAGCCGGGGCUGCGAGACCCGCGAGCUGGCGCCACCCCGCGAUGGCCAGGGCCGCCUGGGCUUCGAGGUGGACACCGAGGGUUUCAUCACGCACGUGGAGCGCUUCACUUUCGCUGAGAAGGCCGGGCUGCGGCCCGGGGCACGCCUGCUGCGCGUGUGCGGCCGGACACUGCCCAGCCUCGGCCCCGAGGCCACUGCCCAGCUGCUGCGCUCGGCACCCAAGGUCUGCGUCACCGUCCUGCCCCCUGAAGAGAGCGGCCGGCCCCGCAGGAGCUUUUCGGAGCUCUACACGCUGUCUCUGCAGGAGCCCAGCCGGCGGGUGGCCCCAGAGCCAGCGCAGGAUGAGACCCUGGAGGUGGUCCUACAGCCCAUUGCAAAGCAGCUCCUGCGCCUGUGCCUACAAGAUGGUGGUGGCCCUCCAGGGCCCGGGGAUCUGGCCGAGGAGAGGACUGAGUUCCUGCACAGCCAGAAUUCACCAUCACCUAGAAGCUCCUUGUCAGAUGAGGCGCCGGUCCUACCCAAUACCACUCCAGACCUCCUCCUGGUCACCACGGCCAAACCAGCAGUACCUGGUGCUGGCAGGGAGACACCUCCUUCCCAGGAACAGCCAGGCAGCCCCAGUGGCCAUGAAGACAGGGACAACCUGGCCCCAGAACUGAAGGCCUCCUUCCUGCCACGAACCUUGUCUCUGCGGAACUCCAUCAGCAAGAUCAUGUCGGAAGCUGGCAGCGAGACGCUGGAGGAUGAGUGGCAGUCCAUCUCGGAGAUCGCUUCCACCUGUAACACCAUUCUGGAGUCACUGUCCCGGGAGGGCCAGUCCAUCCCAGAGAGUGGAGACCCCAAGGGAACUCCAAAGUCUGAUGCUGAGCCAGAACCUAGGAGCCUAUCAGAGAAGGUCUCUCACCUGGAGGCCAUGCUUAGGAAGCUGCAGGAGGACCUGAAGAAGGAGAAAGCAGACAGGGCAGCCCUGGAGGAGGAGGUACGGAGCCUUCGGCACAACAACCAGCGGCUGCUGGCAGAGUCUGAGAGCGCAGCCACCCGCCUGCUUCUGGCCUCUAAGCAGCUGGGCUCACCCACCACUGACCUGGCAUGAGACCACCUGGUCCUGCCUCAGCCUAUGGACCUGCUCGGAACUGCCUUAGGGUGCCUGGGUCUCACCGGCCCUGGGCCCUCCUCAGGAUCUCUCCUUGCACUGAGGCACAUCUUAGCACUGUACCCACUCCCCAACCCAUUUGGUGGCAAAGAUGCCCCCACUUUUCCUUGUUUGUAAAUAUUCUGUGGAGAAGUUUUUUUUGUUAUUUUUUGAGACAUGAACUUGUGAUCCUCCUGUC